UGUCCGCGCGCUGUCCGCCCGGCCGAGGACCUGCUCGCCACGCUGCUCCGGCAGCCCGUCGGCGUGUCGUCGGUGUCGGACGUGCAGCGCUGGGGUGGCAUGCUCUCUGCCCUGCUGCGCGUGCUGGUGACGCACGUGCGCGAGGAGGUGCUGCUGGCGCGCGUCGACGAUCUCGGCCUGGCCACCACCGAACUCUACGGCAACCGGCAGCGUACCGUAAACGCACAGGAGAUUGUUGUCAGGUUCCUGCUGUCGUCGGUGGAGCUGCUGGUGGGCCAGCUGGCCUCGGUCGUGGCCAGUCCGGUCAUGUCCGGCACCACCACGCUGCUGCCGCAGCUGAUAGCCCAGCUGCUCCAGAUCACCAUUUACAUCGUGCAGUCGGGCUCGUUCGGCGAGUGCGCGCGCUGCGCCAUGUGGCUGGUCUCGGAGGGUCUGUUCGACCUGACGCCGGCCAACCAGGCCUUCCUGACGCUGGCCACCGUCCAUCCGGUGCUGCUGCUCUGCUGGUGCAACCUGCUCACCCUGCUCAACUACAGCCAGCUCGACUUCUGGCGCGCGCUGGCGCAGCCGCCGCGCGACCCCAGCCGGGACUCCGGCGGCUGCCUGGCGCUGGACCUGGUCAGGAAGGGCUCGCUGAUCCUGCUCUGCGACUACAUGUGCGAGAACACGUCGGACGGCGAGCUGCUGGCCUGGCUGCUGACGUCGCACAUCACCGAGCUGGUGGCGCUGAGUGCCGAGCCGCCCGUCUUCGACAUGCUGGACGCCCUGCACCGCAACCCGUCCGCGUCCGGCCUGCUGAUCCAGGCCAUCGCCGCCCGCUGCCGGCACCUGGACCAGCCCCUGAUGGCUCAGCGCGUGCUGCGCUGCCUGGAGGGCGCGCCGGCCGGCCAGUACGGCCCCCUCCUGCUGCUGCUCUCCCGCCGCCUGAUGAUGUCGCACCACCUGGCCGUGGCCGACGAGGUCGUCCGGCUGGCCUGCAGGAAGCUGGAGAUCGUGCUGGCUGCUGAAGAUCGUAUGAUAUCGGAGGAAGACUUCAAUGAACUUGUUGACAAUAUCUCCAAGGAGCCUACACUCAUGUGUCAGUCGAAGCUAGUCUCGCUGCUGACUCGCCUGGGCCGGACGUUCGGCGUGGCCGUGGAGCUGCGAGCGGACGGGGGACCGCGGCCGGUCGCCGGGCCGCCGGCCGUCGCCGGCCGCGCCUGGUUCCUCGACCUGGUCAGAGACACCUGCGGCUGGAGCGCAGCCCCGGGCCGCGAGUGCGCCCGCCUGCUGGCGCGCCUCGACCGUGACGAGGUGGAGGCCGUCCUGCUGGCUCCGGGCACGGACCUGGCCGUGCUGAGCCACUGCUUCACGCCCGGCCUGGGCAAGGCGGAGGGCGGCUCUGACAGCGGCGCCGGCGGCAGCGAACCGACGCAGGUCGCGUGUCCCCCGUGA